AUGACUAAUGUUGAUUCACCUUCAAAUUUGAAUGAAGAUACAAAAACAAUCGAAAAAACGAUGCAACCAGUUCUUACAACACAAGCACAACAUAUAAGUACACCAAAUGAAUCAGUACGUCGACAUGUUCGAAUUUUAGCAGAAGAAGAAAGAAUUAGUACAGAUAAAUGGUUAUCCAUAUUGAAUCAAGUUUAUGAUGAUUUGAAUUAUUCACCAUCACAGCGUAUAGCCUAUGCGGUCAAAUUUUUAGAUGAAGAACAAAAAGCAUGGUAUGAACAAAAUAAAGAUGAAAUUAAGAAUGAUUGGACAUUAUUUCGUGAACGAUUAGAACACAAUUCAUCUAAUCAUAAAUUAAUUCGAACAACUGCUCCGUCGAUUAAUACUUCAAUAUUAAACAAUACGGGACGAGUUGUACUUGAAGACCUUAUCGAUGAAAAGUUUGACAAAUAUUCAGGUGCUGGUGAUGCAAGAAAUUGGUUAUUGCAAACCAUGAAUCAGUUUAAAGCAUGUGGUUUACGACGUGAUGAUCAAUUUGAAGCUAUACCUUUAUUAUUAGAGGGCGAUGCUUAUUUAUGGUAUGCUGACAACAGCGAUGCAAUUUUCAACUUCGAAACAUUUACCAAGUUAUUUCUUCAACAAUUCAAAUCAACGAUAUCAUCAUCAACAAGUUUUACAGGGGGUACGGGCACAUUAGUGACCACAGUACCUGAUCACUCAUCUAUAUCACAUUUACAACGAACCGUGGCAGAUGAAAUUAUUAAGAAACCAACAUAUUUUCGUGGUUCACAAGAUGAUGUACAUGAUUGGUUAGACAAGUUAGAACAACGUUUUACAAUGGCAAACUGGAAUGACGAACAAAAAUUACGAUAUAUUUCUAUACAUUUACAAGAUGAUGCAUACAGAUGGUGGAUGCAAACAUCCACAUCAAUUAAAACAUGGUUAUCAUUUAUUACAGCUAUUACACAAGCUUUUGGAUCAACAAAGGUACAAGAAAUUGCAUUUGAACAGUUAAAAUGGUAUAAACAAACAAUUAACCAAUCCAUUACACAAUAUUAUGACAAAAUUAUUGAAUUAUGUAAGAAAGUUGAUCCUGUGAUGCCUGAUUCUUUGAAAUUGAAAUAUUUAAUGGCUGGAAUUAAAGAAUCAUUGAAGACGCAUGUUGCAUUACAAGAUCCUCAAACAACAGAAGCAUUUUUAUUAUCGGCAAGGAAGAUUGAAGAUGUAUUAUCACUCACCAAAACAAAUAAUGAAUUACCUGAUAAUGACAUCACCAUUAUUAAUUCAACUGGUUAUCAAAAUCAAUUAUACGAUCAAGCAACAUUCACCCGACCAUCAAACAAUAAAUUUAAUAAAAAAAAUUCUGGUUAUGCAAAUGCAACACAAACUCGUACAACCUCUAAUAAAAAUACAACAGUUGGAAAUAACGCAAAUCGACAAAAUAAAUUUUCAAAUUCUACAAGAUCAACACAGAAAUUGGGUGUUUGUUACAAUUGUGGGGAAGCAUCGGUCGAUGGUGUUGCUUCCGAAAAUUUACAUAUCAAUCCAUCGACAUUAAAUACGUCCCUUUUAUAUCUUAAUGUUUCUGUAAAUGAUAAAUGUAUGAAGGUAAUGAUAGAUACAGGUGCAAAUAGAACUUUUAUCUCAAUUAAAUCAUUAGAUCCAUCAUCAGGUAAGAUGUUUGUUAAUAAAUUACAUAAGCGUGUAAUUUUAGCUGAUGGAUGUUCGUCUAUUUCUGUUUACGGUACAUUAAAUUUAUCUAUUAUUAUGGGUGAUACAUCAACUUCUAUUAAAGCAUUUGUUGUUAAAGAAUUAUGUGCUGAUUGUAUACUAGGAAUGGAUUUUAUCAACAAGUAUAAACUAAUUAUAAAUACGGAAGAAAAAAUUGUUUCACUGUAUAAUAAUUAUAAACGUACAACAUUAAAAUUUGAUAUUAAUUCAAAUGAAAAUAAAUAUCCAGCACGUCUAAUUAAUAAUAUUCGAAUUCCACCAAAACAGACAAGGUCUAUUCCUGUUUCUAUUGAACUAUUAUCAGCUAAUGUAAUAUUUCGUCCAUCGUUUAAAUUACGACAACGAACAUCUGUACUCACGUUAAAUUCUUCAUUAAAAGUCCAUGAUUAUACCUCGAAUGUUUCACUUUAUAAUCCAACAGAUUAUUCAUGUUCAUUACCGAAAGGUUUAAUACUGGGAACAACUACUAUUCCUACACUAUCUUUUAGUAAAUGUACAUCUAUUGAUCAUCAAUUAGUUAAUGAUAACAUCAAUAAAUUAAUUCGACAUAUUACAGAUUCAACACAAAGAGAAGAAAUCAAGACAAUCCUUCAUCAACAUGAAAAACUCUUCGAUACAAGUAAACCUGCAAUAGCUAUUAAUGUGAAACCGCAUGAAAUUAAAACACUUGAUCAUCCUCCACCAUCAUCUAGACCAUACUAUUCAACACCUCACAAAGAAGAAGAAAUGUACAAGAUCGUUCAAGAAUUAUUAUAUUAUGGUUUAAUUCGUAAAUCUUAUUCUCCAUUCGCUGCACCAGCAUUAUUAGUGGCUAAACAUGAUGGAUCAUGGCGAAUGGUAGUCGAUUACAAAAAAUUAAAUAAUAUGACAAUUAAAGACAAUCAUCCAUUACCUAAUAUGGAACAAACAAUACGACGAUUAGGUGGUGGUUACAAAUUCUUUUCAAAAUUAGAUAUGAAAAGUGGAUUUUGGCAAAUACCAAUUAAAGAAGAGGACAAACAUAAAACAGCAUUCAUUACAGCUGAUGGAUUAUAUGAAUGGAAUGUAUUAGCUCAAGGUUUGAAGAAUAGUCCACCAUCAUUUCAAAGAGUAAUGGCCGAUAUAUUAUCUCCUUGUCGACAAUUUUCAUUAGUUUACAUCGAUGAUAUUGUGGUAUUCUCUCGUUCAUUUGAAGAACAUCUUAAUCAUCUUCAACAAUUAUUAUGUAUUUUAUCCAAGUAUAAUUUUCAACUCAAUCCACCAAAAUGUAAAUUAUUCCAUCAGAAAAUUGAUUAUUUAUCUCAUAUUAUAUCUGAAGGAGGUUUUCAACCAAAUAACGAAAGAAUUCAAUCAAUUAUGAAAUUGAGGGAACCUUCUACGUUAGUAGAAGCGAAUAAGUUCCUGGGUGGUUUAUCAUGGUAUAGGAAAUUUAUUCCACGAUUUGCAUCCAUAGCUGCACCUAUUCACAAAGUAACAAAUUUAACAAAAAACAAUAGAAAAAAUUUUAGAUGGGAAAAGCCACAACAUGAAGCAUUUUUACAAUUGAAACAGUUCUUAAUAACUUCUCCAUUAUUUCUUGAUUAUCCAAAUGAUAAUUAUCCAGUUAUUAUGACAACUGAUGCAUCGAAAGUUGGUAUUGGAGGAACCUUACAACAGAACAUUAAUGGUGAAAUUAAGAAUCUUUAUUAUCAUUCACAAGUAACAUCUUCUACUCAAAGGAGAUAUGAUCCGAUUGAAUUAGAAGCACUAGCAAUAUGGAUGUGUUUCCAACGUAUGCGAUCUUAUUUAUUAGGAAGAUCAAUUAUCAUUUAUACUGAUCAUUGUCCAUUAUGUAACAUGAUGAAUUCAACAGUGAAGAACCGAAGAGUUGAUCGUAUAUCAAUAUUAUUACAAGAAUUUAAUAUCGAAAAAAUUAUCCAUAUUAAAGGUCAACACAAUUGUUUAGCUGAUUAUCUAUCCCGUCAUCCAAUUCCAAGAGAAGAAGAAAUAUUUGAUGAAGAUUAUGGUAUUGCUAAACGCGGUAAAGGGGAACCGACUGUUAUGGGUCGUGUUCCUGAUGAUACUACACCACUAGCUGGAGCAGUUAUGACAAGAUCCAAAGUGAAACAACUACAAUUAAAACAAGAUCAAAAUUCAACAUUACCAUCAAUAGAAGAAGAAACUGAUCAAACGAAAGAAGAUUCAUCAGAAAUUAAUGCAAAAAAUACACUGGAUAUAGAACGAUUAAAAAUUGAACAAGGAAAAGAUUCGAUUAUUCAACAAAAAAUUGCAGAAGUUAUGAAAAAUCCAGUAAAAAGUUCUUAUGAAUUCAAAGAUGGUUUAUUAUUUAAGCUAAUGAUUAUGCGUGAAGGUUGUAAUACAAAAAAAAAAUUAAUUUAUUUACCUUCAUCUAUGAUUAAUGAUCUUUUACAAGUUUAUCAUAGUGACCCUCUUAGUGGUCACUUUGGAGUUCAAAGGACAUAUUUGAAAAUUAAAAAUAAGUAUUGGUGGCCAAACAUGAAACAAUCCAUCACUCAAUACAUACAAUCAUGUUUACCGUGCCAGCAAUAUAAUAUUAGUAGAUCGAAGAAACCUGGUCGUUUACAACCAAUUCCACCACCUGAAGGACCAUUCCAAUUAAUUGGUAUGGAUUAUUGUGGUCCAUUUAAACAAACUCCACGUGGUAAUAAAUAUGUAUUAUGUCUUACGGAUUACUUCACAAGAUGGGUGGUUGCUGCUGCUGUACCUGAUUGCUCAGCUCAGACUACUGCUGAAGCAUUAUUUAAUGAAUUCAUUUGCAAGUAUGGGGUACCGGCAGUCAUAUUAUCCGAUCAAGGAACGCACUUCCACAAUCAAUUAAUGGAAGCUAUGUCAAAAUUAAUGGGAUAUAAUCACAUAUAUUCAACCACAUACCAUCCUCAAUCAAAUGGAAUGAUCGAAAGAUUCAACGCGACAUUUGUUCCUCAAAUUGCCAAACUUGAAAAUAAAGAAAACAAUAAUUGGGAUGAAUUUCUGUUACCUGUGGUAUUUGCAUACAAUACAGGAACACACUCAACAACUCAAUAUUCACCAUUUCAAUUAUUAUUUGGCAGAGAACCAAGAUUACCUACUGAUGAACAAAAAUCUUCAUUUACAUUUCGUAAACCAAAUGAUUAUUAUGAACAAUUAAAGAAAAGUAUGAAAUUGAUACAUAUACAUGCUCGUGAAAAUAUUAUUCGAAAACAACAUCAAUAUAAAACUCAAUAUGAUAAACGACGUCCUGAUCCUCAUUAUGCAAUAAAUGAUCGUGUUUUAGUUAGAAGACAUGGAUUAAAAAAUAAAUUAGAUCCAAAAUUUUCAAUUACACCACAACUUAUUAUUCGUGCACAACAUCCUGUUUACGUUGUUCGAGAUGAAAUAACUCAAGUUGAAACACGAGUACAUAUAAAUGAUAUUAGACCCAUUUAUAUUUCAAAAUUAAAUUAA